AUGCAACAGCAGCAGCAGCUAAAAGUUCAAGAGCAAAAAGACGACGUUAAAGAUACAAAAAGAAGCAAAUCUUUGCUUCCAAGUUUAUCAAUCGAAUAUGACAAUAUACUAUCAAGAGCAUCGCCGAGGCGCUUGUCAGCACGUUUUAAUCGUCCAAGUUCGUUAACAGAUUUAAGAACACGUGAAGCUUUACGUGUGGUACCAUUGAAUAACAAUGAUGAUUUACUUGAAAUACGUUCAAAUAAACACUAUGGUAAAUCUGUCUCUGUCGAUAGUGAAGAAUCGUCUAUAAUAACUUUAAAUAUUAGUGGAAAUCGUUUUCAAACAUAUCUUUCAACACUGGAAUUAUAUCCUGAUACUCUCUUAGGAGAUAAAAAGAAAAGAAAACGUUUUUGGAAUUCAAAAACUGAAGAAUAUUUUUUUGAUCGAAAUCGUUCUUGUUUCGAAGCCAUUCUUUAUUAUUAUCAAUCGAAUGGAAAUGUUCGUCGACCAGAAUCUGUUCCAAUUGAUACAUUUAUUGAAGAAGUCACUUUUUUUCAACUUGGUGAAGAGGUAUCUAAAAAAAUUCGUGAAACAGAAAAUAUUAAACCAGUAGAAGAGGUUUUAAUGCCACACAUGCUUUGGCGUCGAUAUCUUUGGUUUUAUCUUGAAUUUCCUCAACAUUCACUUCCAGCACGUAUAAUUAUGCUUACAUCAACACUUUUUACUAUUCUUUCUUGUGUAACAUUAGCUGUUGAAUCAUUACCAGCAUAUAAUAAUCAUUGGGAUAAUAUAUGUAAAGCACAAGCAAAUAUUUCAUUGGAUGCAACUUAUACUCCACGCUGUGCAGCACUUUUUUAUUCACCUUUUUUUAUUGUUCAAACAGUAUGUGUUGUUUUUUUUACUGCCGAAUUUUUUUUACGAAUUAUCAGUACUCCAUCUUAUCGUCGAUUUAUUCUUUCAUUUUUCAAUUGGAUUGAUUUAGGUGCAAUCAUACCUUAUUAUGUCUUUUUAGUUAUUCAAUUAGCUGAUAAAGAUAUUGGUUUAAAUACAAAUGCUGUUCUUUCUAUUCGUUUACUAAGAGUUCUACGAUUUUCUCGUAUUUUUAAAAUUUAUUUGAUAUUUAAACGAUUAAAAUCAUUACGUGUGUUAAGUGCAACAGUGAAAGAAUCAUUGAUCGAUUUUGUUAUUAUGGUUACUAUUGUUGCUUUAUUAGGAUUUUUAUUUGGAGCAGCAGUUUAUUUUGCUGAACAAAAUGACAACGGUGAUGUAUUUGAUUCAAUACCUAAAUCAGUCUAUUGGGGAAUAAUUACUAUGACAGGGGUUGGAUAUGGAGAUAUGGUUCCAAUUACAUAUCUUGGUCGUAUUAUAACAUGUUUAUGUGCUCUAAGUGGUCCUGCAACAAUGGGUAUGCUUAUUUCUGUGUUUGUCGAUCGUUAUCAACGGGUUUAUAAUCGAAAAAUGUAUAUAUGGGAAUCAGAAGCACCACCGACCGAUGUUGAUUUAAUUCAUGAUCAUGAUCCUGAUAAUGAUGAUAUAAAAUCAGUUACAUCUUCACAAAAAGCAGGUCGAAGACGACCCAUUUCAGAAGUUAUCUCUCAUUCAUUAUCAUCGUUCCAUGAUAUGAUCAAACAUGACCAUCAUCAUCAUCACAAUACAUUAUCAGAAGCAUAUGAUUUACAAUUGAUUGUUUCAUUUAAUAAUAAAAAGAAUAAUAAAGGUAAUGAUGCAACCGAUCAUCUCGUUACAAUGAUGAAGAAAAAAUUAACUGAAGCUGUUUCAACUGUCGAUAUCGAUGUUAAUUUAAAAUUAAUCGAUCAUGACAGUAACGAACUUUGGAAAAUAUCAUCCAUUGAUUCAUCAUUACCUUUUACUCCAACUAUUAUUGUAUCCUCCGAUGUAGAUGAUACAUAUUUCUCUCAUAUUUAA